AUUGAACCUUCUGUCAACCGUCGAUUCUGUGCCGAGCUAAACGCAGCAUCAAGAUGGCAACCAGUGCAGGCACCAAAUUAAAACCCCUGAGAUUUGUCAGGACGGUCUGGAACUCGUUCAUGGCCGAUUCUGGGCUCGAGCCUCGACUGCUAGGGAAACAUUUCCGCAUCUCCAACGCCGUGGAGGGCACCGUGGAUUUCGAACUGGACAUCGCCAAGGAUCAUACGAAUCGCCUCAAGAUCAUCCACGGCGGCACCAUCGCUAGCCUAGUCGAUCUCGGAGGGUCACUCGCGGUCGCUUCCAAGGGGUACUAUGCCACCGGUGUCUCGACCGAUCUGAGUGUCACAUACCUCAGCAGCGGCGGCAAGGUAGGCGACAAACUCCACGGAACCGCCGUCUGUGACAGGAUUGGGAAGACGCUCGCCUACACCACGGUAACGUUCUGGGACGAGAAGCGGAAUAUGGUUGCCAGGGGCAGCCACACAAAGUUCGUUGCCCAAGCCGUCGCUGCCAGCAUACCCUUUACUCCGCCCGAAGGGGCACCUAUUGCCGAGAACGGGGAAGUGUGAGAGCGUUGUCCAUGUGAACGGGACCACGGAACCGACCGAUGUGAAGUGAACCUGUACUCCUCACCCAGCUCAUCACCAAAACCGCGAUCCAGCGGUAAAUAGAACUCGUCCAGAAAACGAUUGUGGGCAAAGAUCGAUUUGUGGGAGCCCCCGAGCCAUCACCGCAUUGCAGUAAUGUCGUUUUCUCCCUC